AUGUACAAGGUACGCCAGGCCUUCUAUGCUGCUUUCAUUAGGAGCUUGCUGAGAACGAAGUCUGUUCUUCAAACCAUACUCAACAUCUGGCUGUCGCCGUCAGUCAUCAAGGGCGAUAAGGUCAACAAGGAGGGGGGUGCGGCUGAGAGAAACAACAAAAUCGAAGAGUUUUUGAAAAACAUUGAGGAUGAGUUUCGGAAAUCCAAGGAAACGCCAAAUCUGGUGGCUUUGUCAAACGGCUUGAGAGAGCAGUUUGGAAAGAGCCUGUUGGAUAAUCCAUUAUGCAUGUUACCGUCGUACAAUCAUCAAUUACCCCAUGGCAAUGAACGGGGGACUUACCUUGCUUUGGAUGUUGGAGGCUCAACAUUCCGCAUCGCCUUGAUCGAACUUUUCGGGAGGAAAAGUGAGGGUGCUGGAAGUGUCAUUUUGAAGAGGGAUACAUUCAAAAUCACGAGUGAUGUAAAGCAGCUGAAAGGAGUUCUUUUCUUUGACUGGAUGGCCAAGAGAAUCGCAGAAACUUUGUCAGGACAAAAUGAAGGUAACAAUAUGUCCAAAGCACCGUUAUCAAUGGGCAUGUCCUGGUCAUUUCCAAUUGAACAAACAUCUCUUCGAAGUGGAUUGCUUCAAGAAAUGGGCAAGAAUUUCUUGGCUGCACAUGGAUUGAUCGGUCGAGAUCUUGGUGAUAUUAUUCAAGAGUCUUGUUCUAGGAUUGGUCUCAAUGUACAAUUGGACGCAAUUGUAAACGAUUCCUCAGCGACAUUACUUUCAAAAGCAUAUCUGGACCAAACCACCCGUUUUGCACUCAUCCUCGGUACAGGCGUUAAUGCUGCUGUGCAUCUUCCAGUACACAUGUUCUCACAGGAGAAAUUUGGAGUUCGACCAGCGAGUUGGCACGAGUCCGCCAAACAUGUUAUUGUCAAUACAGAGUUAUCGAUGUUUGGUAGCGGCAUCUUACCGUACACUCGAUGGGAUAGAGCACUGUUAGCAACACAUUCGCGACCCGAUUUCCAACCAUUAGAGCAUUUCGUUAGUGGUGGCUAUCUUGGAGAGAUAUCUCGCUUGAUACUUGUUGAGGGCAUUGAAACAGCAGGCCUCAUGGGUGGGAUUGUACCGCCGAGUCUGAUGGAGCGAUACUCUCUAGAGACAGAGACUUUGUCGCACAUUGAAUCUGAUACCAGUGCCACUCUGUCGAAUGCCGUCCAAUUGUUUACCUCCAAACACCCGUCAUCUUGCCCUCCUACCCACUCCGACAUUCUCGCCAUCCGUCAGAUUGCAUCACACGUCGCUUAUCGAGCGAGUGGUGUUGUCGCCGCUGGCAUACAUGGUCUAUGGCAAAUGCGCAACAUAGCAGAGGGUAUCCAAGCAGACAAGCUUUCACAUACACUCGUGGCGUACAACGGCUCAGUGAUGGAAAAUUACCCAGAUUUUAGAAAGUCGUGUCAGAGCCAAAUAGAUUCCCUUGUACAGAGCUCUGGGGGCCAGCCGGGACUGGUAGAGCUGAUGUACGCGGAAGAGAGUAGUCUUUUAGGAGCUGCUGUGGCAGUCGCUUGCAUAGCCGGAUAG